AUGGAGAUUUCGUCUGAUGAAAACGGCUAUGAAAGCCUGGAUGAUACUCAACUAGAGAAUGAUAAUGGUGGAAGAGCCAAUGAUUCGGUUCAUCCAGAUUCAGCGCCCAGAUACACAGUCCCUUCUCGCGCCAUUGGUGCUGUUGAGAUUCCUGCUGUGGUUGAAAACAUCGACCGUACUGUCAAGGCAUUCGGCCGAGUGCCAAAUCUCCAACAUGUCAUGGAUGCAGGGAGAAACUCGAUUCCCCUCUAUUUGACACCAGAGAUACCGUUCUGCAAGCCCAUAAUGUCACAUAAUGCCCGCAGUCAUAAUGUCGUGCUGAAAAUCACAGUUCCGAAACGAACAGGGCGUAAACGCAAGCGUGUCGACAAGAUAAAGGAGUUCAAGUUCCAGCCUGGAACUGACAAAGGACCAAAUGUCGAUAUUCUACCACCACCAAUGUUUACGCACAUGAGCCUCCCUUUCAACUACCAAUACUCGCAGAACCCUUACGUACGUGCCACUGAAGAUGGCGGGACUGUCAACACUACAGCUGUGAAGCAAGUCGGCUACUUCAUUGGCGCAGAAGACCCUGCACCAGCUGGACCUCAGCUCGAACCCGAUAUGACCGAUCCCAGAAUGGUGGAAAUUAUGGCUGAACUCGAGGCGGCCUUCGAUGAGCGACCAGUGUGGACACGACGGUCUCUACUCAAUCACCUUGGAGGCAAACUCAAGAACUGGAACGAACUCAAAAAGUAUCUCAACUACGCAGCUUAUCAGUUCAAGGGAGGGCCAUGGAGAGAUGGUGUGGUUCCUUAUGGUAUCGAUCCACGAACAGAUCCCAAGUAUCGAACCUAUCAAACUCUCAUGUUUAAGCUUCCUAAGCAGAAGCGUGCCCAACGCGGCCAAACGUGGAAAUCGCUACGCAAGGUCCAGAUGGGCCCAUUGAAGGAAUUUCUGGAGGAGCUCUCGGAAAGUCACGUUUUUGACGGCGACACCUUUCACACUGACGGUAAAGUGUGGCAAGUAUGCGAUAUUACAGACCCACUGCUCAAAGAUCUUCUCGAGAAUGCUGCUAUCCGUCCCGAAUGGGACCCAAGCAGCGGGUGGUAUCACGGAGGCCUGUGGGCAAAGGUCAAAGCCAUCAUGAAGACAAAACUGGUUGCCAUUCAAUUCGAUCGACACCUUACGCGAGAAGAUUUCGCAAUGACGCUCCAAGCAGGAGACGAAACUCCUAUGCGAUCCAAUCAAGCAACAUUCCAUCUCCCUCUGCCUAAUCUACGUCUCACGGACGAAGAGCUUACGCAACUUCGCGGGCGGCAGCCAACAAAGAAGAACAAGCAUAAAGGCUACAGCGUGCGUGUUAGAGACCCCAACGCAGGACCGAAGCGUGCGCCAGCUGAGGAAACCCGCGCGGCUGAGCGGGGAGAAGAAGAGGCUAGGAUAUUGGAAGAAAUGGGGUCCGGGAAUGAGGAUUCGGAUGAUGAUGAUUCAGUGGAUGAUGAGGAUGGCGAUAUCACAGCUGUACGGGAUGAGGAUAUAGACAGAGAGAUGAUGUAUGGAUGA